AUGGAACUUUUUGCUGAACCAUGUAUGGUAGUGAGAUAUGGAAACCUGAUUUUCAGUGAAAUCUGUUUAACUGAGAUUGCAGAUAAACCCCCAAAACCCAAGCAAGACGAUAACGCCCUGCGCCGACCAAGCACGUCGUCGUUUUUGUUGCCUCAAAAUGGUCUGUGA